AUGUCGUCCUCGGAAGGAGCUCCGGAGUCGUGGAUCUCCUCGUUCUGUUCAUUGAUGGGCCAUGAAUUCUUCGCCGAAGUGUCGGAGGACUUCAUCGAAGAUGACUUCAACUUGACUGGUCUCCAGUCCCAGGUGCCUAUGUACAAGGAGGCACUGGAGAUGAUUCUCGACGUGGAACCGGAGGAUGAGGAAGAAGAGGAAGAAGAAGAGGAGGAAGAGGAGGAAGAUGACGAUGCUCUGGGCGGUGAUCAACCUGUAUACCGAAGGGCGGGCGAUCGGCGACACGCUCGCGUCGCAAGCGACUUGAGCGUGAUCGAGAGCUCCGCCGAGCUCCUGUACGGGCUGAUCCACCAGCGGUAUAUCACCUCGCGGCCGGGCAUCCAACAAAUGCUCGAAAAAUACGAGAUGCAGCAUUUCGGCACCUGCCCGCGAGUCAACUGUGACGGAUGCAAGGUGCUCCCCGUUGGCCGGUCUGACACGCCCGGCCAGGACACCGUCAAGCUUUUCUGCCCCGGUUGUAUGGAUAUUUAUACACCCCCGAACAGCCGCUUCCACUCCGUCGACGGCGCAUUCUUCGGCACGACGUUCGGAUGUCUGUUCUUCAUGACCUUCCCCGAUCUGGAUAUCGGGCCGCGUCUGGACGCAGCCUUGUCUAUGAUGUCUCCCCGGAACGCAUCGUCAACUUCUCGCACCGGCUCCCUAACCCGUCCAUCAACCUCGCAGCGCCAGGCAGAGUCGCCCAGCCCCGAGAACCAGCCAUUGGAAAUCAACGGUGUCCGGACGUCCAACCUCUGCCCAGGUCUUGGCAAGGGCAAGAUAUAUGACCCCCGGAUCUACGGAUUCAAGGUCUCGGAGGUGUCGCGCGUCGGCCCGCGCAUGAAAUGGCUGCGCAUGAAGCCUAAAAAUGUCAUUGAGCUUGACGAGGCGUGGAACCAUGAGCAGGGAGGGAAUGCGCAGGGGAGCCGCGGUGAUAAGGAUGGCGAUACGGAGAUGAAUCUGGAACAGUCGCAGGAUGCUGCUAUUGCGAACCGCAAGAAGGCCCCGAUGCGGCGCCGGCGACCUAAUCUCGGGGCGUCCUCUACUGAUCCGACGAAUGUACACGGCCGAUGA